AUUCUACCCUAGAUUAAUUGACGCAUCACGUUAGAAUGAAACGUAUUUGAUGAAAGAUGAAAGAAAAAAUGUCUAAUUGGCCUGUUGACGUUGGUAUUCUGGCUGUCGAAAUUUACUUUCCAUGUCAUUAUGUCGAUCAAGCGGAACUAGAAGAAUUUGAUGGAGCCUCGACUGGAAAGUAUACGAUUGGUUUGGGACAAACUACCAUGGCAUUUUGCACUGAUAGAGAAGAUGUCCACUCACUUUGUCUUACAGUAGUUGAAAGGUUAAUGGAAAAGCAUAGGAUUUCUUAUACGGAUAUAGGAAGGCUGGAAGUCGGAACCGAGACAUUGGUAGAUAAAUCGAAAUCGGUUAAGACUGUCCUAAUGCAAUUAUUCGAACGGUCGGGAAAUUCAGAUGUUGAGGGUGUCGAUUCCACGAAUGCUUGCUAUGGAGGAACAGCUGCUUUAUUUAAUUGCGCGAAUUGGCUCGAGUCAAGCGCCUGGGAUGGCAGAUAUGCGCUAAUGGUUGCUUCUGAUAUUGCCGUCUAUCCCAGAGGAAAUGCUCGUUGCACCGGCGGAGCGGGUGCUGUUGCAUUUCUUCUCGGCCCUAAUGCCCCUUUGAUCCUUGAAAGAGGAACUCGAAGUACUCAUAUGCAGCAUGCAUAUGACUUCUAUAAACCUAAUAUGACUUCUGAAUAUCCUUUGGUUGACGGUAAACUAUCUGCUGCAUGCUAUUUGGUUGCACUUGACAAAUGUUACAAGUUGUAUAAAAAGAAAUAUUACGCAAAACAUUCCAAAUCUUUUACUGUUUUUCAAGCUGACGCCUUUUUGUUUCAUACCCCGUAUUGUAAACUUGUGCAAAAAUCGUUUGCCCGUCUUGUUAUGAAUGAUGUUGUAGACGGGCAACAUAAUAAUUGGCCAAGUUUAGAGAGUCAUAAAGAUGUAGAAUUGAGUGAAACAUUCUUUAAUAAAGAAAUUGAAAAAGCAGCCAUGAAAGCAAGUCUAAAAAUGUUUGAAGAAAAGACAAAACCGUCUUUAAAUCUUUCCACCAGAAUAGGGAACAUGUACACUGCAUCCUUAUAUGGUGCCCUUAUUUCUUUUCUAAUAUCCCAUAGCGCUGAAAAGUUAAUUGGAAAGAGAAUUGUUCUUUUCUCUUACGGUUCAGGACUUUCUUCGACAAUGUUUAGCAUCAGAGUUGGUGAUAAAAUGAACCAAUUGAAACGAUUGUACACGGGUAUUUCGGACGUUGUCAGCCGAUUAGACAGUCGGACAAAAAUCGAUCCAGCUGUCUUUGACGAGAUUAUGGCAUUGAGGGAGAUUACUUGCCAUACAGCUCCACAUAGCCCCGUGGCUGAUGUAGCAGCAUUUUUCCCCGGAACUUGGUAUCUUACCAAUAUCGACGAAACAUAUCGUAGAAAAUACGAAAGAAAGCCUCUAGAUGGAACAGAUAGCGAUCAAUCAAAAACUUCAUUGAGAUUACUCUAACAAUUUUUACUUUUUUAUAUUCUUUUCAUAUAUUUUUGUCUAUUUUUUAAAAAGAUAUUAAAAAAAAAAUACUAGAAUGCACUAAUACUUUUUUUCUCUUUCUAUCUUUUUAACAUUCUUUUAACUUUGCAGAAAUUAAUCCUAUGCAAAUGUUAAUUAUAAUUGGUUUGUUAUUUCAUAAUGUGCUUGUUACAUUAAACAUGAAUAUAACUUUUACAAUCUGUACUUGCUUAAAUAAAAAAAAAACCGUCUGUGAAUACAGACAUAUACACUCACACGCACAUAUAUACAUAUACAUAUAUAUAUGUAUAUAUGUACACAAUUGAUUUUAAAGUGCAAGUUUUUUUUACUGACGUUGCAUCUUUUAUUCUUGAUUAAUAUAAGGAAAGAUAUAAAAACACAAAACUUUUUAAAACACACAGCGACAUCUGUAGUGUACGUAUUCUCUAUCAUUGCUCUUUAUUUUUGACUAUUUGACUAAAAAUACGAUAAAACUGGCGGAAAAUUAAUACCGCUUUGUCUACCACAUGAUCCAUUUAACCGGAUUUGACUGCUGAGGGUCAGGAGUGGGAGGAGUGGAUUCAAAUUCGAAGUUUGGUGUAGCCUUUAAUAAAACGGCUCCUACGUUACUGUAUUCACCAUUUUCUGGUAGUUUAAAGAGGGUUCUCCAAAUCUUCUUGUGAAUGUUAAACACUUCAAUUUCGACCACUGCAUCGCCUUUGGCGGAUUUCCCCCCUAAUACCAUUAUAUUAUCUCCAAGUACUACGGUAGCGGCAGAAUAUCUACCAAUGUUUAACGAGGGUAAAGUUAAAUUCCAAGGACAAAUGAUAUCCGCCCUCCGCCUCCUGUCAGCUAACGUAACCUGGUGAGUAAAUGCGUCAACUUUCGCUUCAACGCGCUUAGUUUCGCCCCCUUCUAAUUGUCGGCUAAGACCACCAAUGAAGUAAAGAACACCAUCGACAAUAACCAUACAAUGCCUCUCGAGACUUCUGCGUAUUUUGUGUGGGUAGUCGUCGUCCAAUUCUGACCACUUAAGGCUCUCGUAACACCAAAAGUUGUUUUUAGUUUGUUUGGCAUGAACACCGCCAGAAACGUAAACGAAAUCUCGUCUGUUCUUCUCAGUACCAAUUAUAGCCAAUCCUACUCGGGGUCCGGGUAAUAAACCCAUUUUCGUCCACUGAUCUGUAAUUGGGUUAUAAAUUUCGCAGCUGGCCGUCACCCUUCCGUCGGAUUUUCUGCCUCCGGCUAUGUAGAUACGAUUUCUAACUAUUGUCGACGCAAAUCUGGAUCUCGGAGUCAGCAGAGGGGAACACUGGUUCCAAUCGUUCUUAACUGGAUCAUAAAUAUCAACAUCUGCCAAUGUGCGAACCUGAUCCGGGUCGCUAAUGUUCAAACCCCCUAUAAUAUAUAAUUUAUCAUCUAGCGAGCAGACCUCAAAAUCCUUUCUAUCUUGUAUAGUCUUCCACUUUUCUAUGUGAACAUAAUCAUCAACUAUAACCUCACUGUCGCCAUGACCGACUUGUAAAACUUUUAACCAAUGCGCCAGACCGUCGCCGGACUUAUCUACUAGAAGGAUGUAAGAGUUUUCCAUUUCCUUGUGGUUGUUAGUAGAAGCCUCCUGAACGGCCGGAAGCCGUAUUUGCGACCUCUCGUUGGCGCAAUCACAAAAUUUUGACGCCUCCGAAGGAGUAUGAUAAGAACUGACUGUAUAAGUGUAUUGCCCAUCCUUUAUCAAAGGGAAUACAGUGUCGGAAUCCGAUGAAAGUUGUCUCCCAUAUUCAGCCAUUUGUUUACUAAAUCACCGUUCAGCUUUAUCAACUUUUGAUCGAUAUAUACGUUGUAUAAAUUAAUAAUAUAUAUAAAAAUUGUAUGUAACUGAUAUCUUUAGAUAUUUUUAUUAUCAGGUAACACUAUUUGAAAAUCACAUUUGUUGGCAUUAGAAAAAUAAAAACUCGAGUUUGGGCUGACAUGCAGAUGGUGCGUCCAUUCUGGCGUCCAUCUGUUGCUGGCUAUAGCAAGGCUUUGAGAUUUUUACAAAGAAACGCGUAUUAUGUUUCACGUUCGCUACAACUGACAUAUCAAUUGCCCAUUCAAGCGAUGAAUGACUGCUGCACAACCUAGCUUUCAGACGGAAUAAAAGCCGCUUAUCUUUACAUAUAUUGACACGAUAACCGAACUUAAUGUGUAAAAGAGAAAAAAAAUGUAUGUAUAGGCCUAUUGACUGCGUCUGUUCAAUUUCUAAGUAGAGUUGAAUAGGUUACGGG